GGACCAGCGCUAAGCCGGAGAGCGCGGGGCCGUGUCUGCGCUCCUCUGCCCGGCUUUCGGAGGUGUCUCGGCCCGGUCCAUGGACGAGACGAGCCCCCUGGUGUCUCCCGAGCGCGGCCCGGCCCCGGGGUACGGGCUGCCCGGGGGUGCCGUGCGCUCCCCGCCCUGCCCCGCCGCCCCCGGCAUCCUCCCCGGACCGUGUCCCUGUCCCUCCCCGCCGGGCUCUCCGGCUGGCGGCCGCGACCGCGAGCGCCAGCCCUUGCUGGAUCGGGGUGGGGGCGCAGAGCGCGGAGCGCGGGGAGCUGCGGGGGCCGGCGGGGCGGCCCAAGCUCAGGCUCCAGCUGGGUCGGGGUCCGGGCCGGGGGCUGCUGUGGCCCGCGGGGAGCGGGAGCCCCGCAACGAGUUCCCCGAUGACCCGGAGUUCGCUGAGGUGGUGCGAUUGGCAGAGCUGGCGAGCGAGCGCGGCAUCUACCCCGAGCGCAUCUACCAAGGCUCUAGCGGCAGCUAUUUCGUCAAGGACCCGCAAGGGAAAAUCAUUGGUGUGUUCAAACCCAAAAAUGAGGAACCUUAUGGGCAGCUGAACCCGAAGUGGACCAAGUGGCUGCAGAAAUUGUGCUGCCCUUGCUGUUUUGGGCGGGACUGCCUUGUCCUCAACCAGGGAUAUCUAUCUGAGGCUGGUGCUAGCCUUGUUGACCAGAAGCUGGAGCUGAACAUUGUUCCCCGCACAAAGGUAGUAUACUUAGCCAGUGAAACAUUCAACUACAGCGCCAUUGAUCGCGUGAAGUCCCGGGGCAAACGCCUGGCUCUGGAGAAAGUGCCAAAAGUAGGACAGAGGUUUCACCGAAUUGGCCUCCCUCCAAAGGUGGGCUCUUUCCAACUGUUUGUGGAGGGCUACAAAGAUGCAGAUUACUGGUUGCGGCGCUUUGAGGCCGAGCCACUCCCAGAGAAUACUAACCGCCAACUGUUGCUGCAGUUUGAGAGGCUGGUGGUGCUGGACUACAUAAUUCGCAAUACUGACCGGGGUAAUGACAACUGGCUGAUCAAGUAUGAUUGCCCUCUGGAUAGCACAAGUGUGCGGGACUCGGAUUGGGUAGUGGUGAAGGAGCCAAUCAUUAAAUUGGCUGCCAUAGACAAUGGCCUGGCUUUCCCCCUCAAGCAUCCAGACUCUUGGCGAGCCUACCCUUUUUAUUGGGCAUGGCUGCCACAGGCCAAGAUGGCCUUCUCACAGGAGAUCAAGGACUUGAUCCUGCCAAAGAUUUCUGACCCUAAUUUUGUUAAGGAUCUGGAAGAAGAUCUCUAUGAACUUUUCAAGAAAGAUCCUGGUUUUGACAGGGGCCAGUUUCACAAGCAGAUUGCUGUUAUGCGUGGCCAGAUCUUGAAUUUGACACAGGCCUUGAAAGAUGGGAAGAGCCCCCUUCAUCUGGUCCAGAUGCCCCCUGUCAUCGUAGAAACGGCUCGCUCCCAUCAGCGCUCGGCCAGUGAGUCCUACACACAAAGCUUCCAAAGCCGCAAGCCCUUCUUUUCUUGGUGGUAGCUGUUGCCCUCUCAUUCAUCGAGGAACUUGUGGGAGAGUGCUGCUCAACUGUGGGCAAUCAACCCUCCAGACCAAGAAAGCUGUGCUGCAGCCAGUGGGAGAUGUAUGUGGGAGCUCCCAUCAGUCUCGACUCUGAACAUUCCCAGCAGGAGGGGAAGUGGGUCUUCAUUGGACUGCUUGCUACUCCCUUCUCACUGUGGGAUGGACAUACCUCCUCCCCAACCUGAGCUUGGCAGCAUCUCUGAGCAGGUGCCUGCAUGCAGCAUCCUUUGGUUCCUAGGUACCCCCUACUCAAGUCCUUUGCCUGGGAAAGUCAGAGAUGGGGAGUAUCUUAGCUGGAUGGAAGUGCUAUUGCUCUGUGUGCAACUGCCAGCCUUGAUAGUCCGUCCUUCCUUAGUGUGACCUCUUGCUUAGCCUGCUCAAGAAGGCUGGCACUACCCACCGUUAUUUCAUGCUCUGCUGUCCUUGGUCCUACAGAUCUGCUCCUACUGUUAGUGUUAUCAGUACUCUCUUGGAGCCAUCUGUAUGGAAUAUGGGCAUAGCUAGCAGCUGCUUGAGGAAUCCGGUUUGGGAGAGGGACAGAGAUUGGAGCAGAGCCUCUUAUGACUGCUAAAUGUUGGGGGUGGGUGGGUCACAGGGCUACUGUAAGAAAGGCUGCAGGUGGGACAGCCACUGUUGUGCUUCCCUUCCUCCAUCCUGCAGGGAGUCAAGGCUUUGGCAGAUUUUAAUUUGGUUUUAACUAGUUCACUCCACCUGCAUACUCUCGUGUGCUCCUCUCAGAGCGAGAGGGAGGGUCAGCUAGUCUUUCAUAGCCACCCAUUGAAGUCCCCAGUGUACUUUUAAUAGCUAGCUCUCCUCUUUAGACAAGUAGGGACAAGUGGGGGGUAUGAGAGAAAGAUCAGUUGGUUGCCUGAGGCUGCUCUCUCAGUUCCUGUGGGGUGGGGGAGAGACAGUAUCUUCCCGUCUAGGUUUGAGCGUUGACAAUCGUGGCAAGGAUGCUCUGCCCCAGGACCAGUAAGAAGAUAAUCUGAGGUUGGGAUCACUACCAUCCUGAGACUAUGCCAGGUGUAUAACUGAAUGAUACUACGAAUGCUGCUUUUCUAUAGGCUACUGUGUUAAAUCCAUGGCAACAGAAACUUCCCCUUGGAAACUGUCAAAAUAAGUAUCCUGUCUUCUAACUCGGCUGUGGCCCCAGACGACUGCUAGGAGAGGCCUUGUGCCAAGAAGAGCCCAGCAUCCUCCUCCUUUGGAGCGGAGGGGCUGGUGCCCUGUGGGUGGGAUCUGCCAUUUUCCUGAUGUUCCUGGCUGGAGUGUAGACUUCCUGCCCUCUGCCCCAUGUGCCAGGCUGAAGCUACUGCACUUUGCACUAGGGGAUACUUUUCAUUCUGUCAACCUGAACUGAAAUGUAUCAUUCUUAUGCACUGUAGAAAUGUAUGUAAUAUUUAAAUCAAAGCAAGCAUCUUCAUAAGAGGUCUGCAGUUGCAGCAGCAGUC